UUGCAACUCGCCAUAAAACCAAGAAGAAGAAGAACACGUGGACGGGCGUCGCAACACACUCAAAACUCAUAAAAACGGUUUUGUUUUGUUUUUUGAAAGGACUCUCUUUAUGACUAUUAUCUCUUAAGAUUGGUAUAAAAUUGAUCAGUAAUCUCUCAGUUUGUGGAUGGCCUGAUUAAUGUUCAGUGACUGCUCUCCAUGUCGAGCAUAGAUUAAAAUUUAUAAAUAUCUAAUCCAUAGCUCUAUUUUGUUACUCAAAAUAUUAUGUGUCCGUGGUGAUUGUGAUCGAGACAUUCCGGCCGGGUUUCUUUCAUUUAACGUUACGUUGAGAAACAACACAAUGAGCAAAAAGACCAAGAAAACCAACGUCAACAUUGGCAUUAGAUGUUUUAUCUGCGGUCAGCAGUACGGACAAAAGGUUAUGGACAUGCAUAUGCAUUCUUAUUUCCACCAAGAAGCAAUUGAGAAGAUCAAGGGCAGUGAACAGCUGCAUAAAUGUUGGGCAUGUGAUGUAUCUGUGAUGGGACUAGAGCAGUACAAGGAGCAUAUUGCUACCCGUAAGCACAAACAAAGUCUGUUUAAACUCCAUGGUAAAAGAAAUAAAAGAAAACCUCUUCAAGUGGACUACAAUAUUAACCUGACUGAUAAUGAAUUAAAAGCCAUUUAUGAUCUAAGACAGCAAGACCGGAGAGAAAGAAAAAAUCUGGACCAAUGUUCUAUCUGCUUUCAUAGUUUCCCUGAACAGGAGUGGGAUAUGCAAACAUAUGCAUGGUUUUGUCCACCAUCAGGCAGUUGAGCAAAUGAAGGGCAGUGAACACGAGCAUAAGUGUUGGGCCUGUGAAGUAUCUGUGAUGGGAAUUUCAGCGUUUAAGAAGCAUAUUGGCACCCAAAAUCACAAACAGAAGCUAUUGGAAUUCAUUAAGAAUAGAAAACUUGGACAAAAUACAGUGGACUACAGUGUUGAAUUUAAUGAGCUUAAAGACCUUUGUGCCCAAAGAGAUCAACAAAAAUUUAUGAAAAGAAAAGAGAAAAUUGAGAAGUGGAAAGAAGCAAAAAGGCAAAAGACAUGGAGGUUCAUUCAGCCAGAAAUCACAGCUGAGAAUGAGCAUUGUACAAUACCUUUCAUGGCGAAUGAGGAGUUCACAGCUGACCAGUUGCUACCAUCAUGCCAAUUCUUCUCCCUUUGUGAAAAUCUAAAUGACCAUCCAGCAUCUAUCCAGUAUAACCUAAACCUGCCUAUACAGAGAGAAGAGAGCUUACUUAAUACGUAUAGAUCAAAUUGGCCACUUGUGAAAAGGCCUUGUCUUGAGAGACCAUCAGAAAAUAUUCCUCAAGAAAUGUCUGCUCAGGGCACUCGUCCCAACCCUGAUGGAAAAGGUACAGAUGUUUGUGUAAACGACGUGACUCCAGAAACUGAUGAUGGUACUGCUGCUGAGCCUACAUGUGCCCCUGGACUGGUCCAAAUGAGGAUGGAGGCCAACAUACCCAACUUGAUAGCAACAGGUGGAGUUUGUUUAACACGGAAGGCAGCAAGUGGGAAUGAAGCUACUGUUCCUAAUCCUCCACUACAAAAACACACUCAUUCCAAAAAGUCUAGGUUGAAAGUAAACAGAGCAACAUCACAAAGUGAGCAGAGCAUGACCAGAGAAGGCAUGAUUGGACAAGAGCCAUACGUAGAUUCUCUUCCGCCGGUAUCUUUACUGGCUGAGAUGUUUGAAAGCCAGACAUCAGAAAAUGACUUGGAGAUCAUUGAAAACGUUCAGCCUCAUACUGUGCCUGUUAAGAAAAACAAAUCAAAUGAGUGUGACACAGAACAGGGAGAAACAUCACUGGAGCAUCCCAGCAGCUUUGAAGCCAUCUCCUGCAAUGUCCAGAAAACCAAGAAAAAAAAACAAGAUGUUUCACAUAAUCUGAAUCCUAAGACGAACAGCAAAAUAUCAAAAAAAAGGAAAGUGAAUAAGUUGAUAUCGCUGUCUUUGAAAGAAGAGGAGUUGAGCAGCUCUUUGGAGAAUGUAGGUGAGCAGCUGUUCCAGGCGUAUUCCACCCUGCAGAGCGCAUACACGGAAGUUCAGCAUCUACUGUCUGUUAAACAAGAGGUUACCUCAGAGAUGGCCUCGCUCAGGGCAAAGCGCAUAAAGAUUCUGCAGGAUAUAAAGAAUCCCGGUGACCUGCAGGAGGAGUUAAAUGCCUCCUGACAGCCGUGCGAACCUCUGAGGAAGGAUUCUUCUUUAGCAACUCACUGAGCCUCACAGAGCAGCUGAACCACAGGUCCCACUCCUGGAAGUAUCUGAUGCUGGACCUACCUCUCAGUGCACAAAACUGACCUCUGAGCAUGUAUCUCAUCUGAGGGCAUAGACUGCAUUGCAAAGCCCAUAACUGCACCAUUAUAACAGACUUUUGUUGUAGGUUUAUGGCAGUUCACAUUGGAUUAUGCAUUUUUUUUAAAGAUUUAUAAAAGUUUUAUGCCUUUAUUUAGAUAGGACAGUAUAGGUUGACAGGAAUUGAAGUGGGUGUGAGAGGGGGAUGGGAUCGGGAAAGGUCCGCGAGCCGGGACUCGAACUCGUGACACCCAAAGCGCAAUGGCGCUGUAUGUCGGCGCGCUGCCUACGAGGCCAUCGGCACAGAUACAUUGGAUUAUGCAUUCAUUUGAUUAGAUAGAUGCAGAUUAAUUCUAAAGGAAAAUGUUUUGCUCUGAUUCUGGCAUGAUAAUAUCAUUUCUAUCUUGACACAAAAAAAAAAAGUUUGCUCGAAAGUUUUUGCAUGAAAGGAGAUCUCGGAGUCCAGCAAAGCUUCCAUCCAUCUGAAGAUUCAGGUCCGUUAAAAGACUUUCAAAAAAGCAUCAGUUGAAUAUGUUCAUUCUUUGCCUAGUACAGUAAGUAGUGUAGUAAUAUGGAAUCAUCAGUUCAGUUAAUCAUGCUUACAAGACAUCAAACUAACAUAUUCAUUCUUGCUCUCAGAGGUUUAUAGUUGUUUUAUUCACAGGAAUCUAAAUAAUAUUUUAAAAUGUUCAAAAUAAUUGGUUGUUUAACUUGUUUUUAUUAUCUGUGUUCUUGCUACUCCAGCACAAGAAGCUUUGUUUAUACUCGAGGUUAAUUGUGAAUAAAUGUAAUCAUAAAACCCUUAUGACUGGUUUUGUGGUUCAGGGUCACAUUUAUUGUACUAUUUUGUGCUGUUUGUUUAUGCUCUGAAAAUCAUGGCUAUGAUAACAACUGGAAUAGAACCGUUUGAAGUUGAACACUUUAUUUAGUUGAAUUAUUUACAGUAGCACACACAUUUUUCAAGGAUGGGUUCAAAUGAGUGUCAUUUUUGGCAUGACAUUUAAUAUGACAACAUUCUGUCACCUUAAACAUACAGUCGAUCAAAUAAGUGUUUUACAAGAUCUAAAUGAGCUGUCAUGGUCCAUUCAGUAGCUCAUAAUCAAACCAGUUUGUUCUAGACCCGCAUUUGCUGAAGAAAGAAGCCACAGUGGUGUACAGUACAAUUGAUUCGAAUCCAGAUCUUUCUCCACUUAAUGGGUUGAAAACGGGAAACUUUCCACCAGGUUUAUCUUAUGUGUUUGUGUCUUUAGGCAUACAUGGUCAGUUGAAGCCACUGUGUAUAUAGUAUAGAAAACAGGAACUUGUUAGUGUAAAUAGCAGUGAUCAGUACAAAUAUGACCAAAUGUGUUCCAAUAAUAAUGCAAAUAUGAUUGAAAUCGAUGCUGCUUGUAAAUCUUUAUUCUGUUAAUAUUCAAUAAACCAAUUAA